GACGACCGUUUGACCCUAUUCAUCACUCAUGGCGGCUCCGGAAGCAUGUUGGAGGCCGCUACUCAUGGGAAACCUCUGAUUGCUGUCCCUCUAUUUGGUGAUCAAACCAGAAAUGCAAGAAUCAUCAAGAAAUUUGGUUUCGGCAUUCAUUUGACCAAGGCGUCUCUGCAUGACAGCAGCGUACUCCGAAAUGCGAUUGGGGCAGUACUCAAUGAUACGAAGCUAGAUAUCCGUCAUAGUAUUUUACAGGUACACAAAGGCAGCUCGUCGGAUACGCGAUAUUUUGGCAAAACGGCCAUUCUCACCGGAAGAAAAGCUGAUAAAAACAAUAGAUUUAGCAGCUGA